AUGCCAAAUCACGCGAUUAGAAGAAGGCACCAAGGCCUGCUACAAACUCUGACCGUCAUACAUAUCACAUUGACCCUACUUCUGGGCAGUGUCGAUUGCGGCCUGCACAAAUGGCAUCUGAUGAUGAACACAUUUCGCUAUCUGCAGGAGACGAUGCUAAGGAACAGCCUGGAGCGAGCCCGUCUCAAUUAUGGCAUUGUGUUUGAGUGUCGCACCAUUUCCGAUCGAGAUUUCGGCGAAGAAGUUCAUUUCCAUUUGCAGUUGGGCGACUUGCGUGGUUUUCGUCGAUUGGAUGCUAAAAAGAAAUUGGCAUUAUUUCUACACGGUUGGAAUGAUCAAGGCAGCAAAGAUUGGGUGCAAGAGCUCUUGUUGACUUGGACUCUGUUCGAUGCGAAUUACAAUGUGUGUGUUGUGGAUUGGGGAAAUUUGUCACAAAAUGAUUACAAGAGUGCCUCCAUGUCCAUAUUUGAUGUCGGCCUAACUGUAGCUGGUAUCAUAAUGGCCCUAGAGGAAUUGCGUCCACGGCAUUUUCAUCGACGAAAUGUGACCCUGGCCGGCUAUAGUCUAGGUGCCCAUGCCGCUGGCUAUGCAGGAGCCGUUUUGGAUGGCGAGGUAGAGCAAAUCAUUGGCUUGGAUCCGGCUGGUCCACUAUUUACCCUGCCCUCUGAUGUGUCGCCCAAAUAUCGUUUGGAUCCCACAGAUGCCCAAUUUGUUCAAGUGUUGCACACCUCGGGCGGCACUCUGGGCACCAGUUUAAAGUGCGGCCAUGCGGACUUCUAUCCGAAUGGAGGCCGCGCACCGCAAAAGAAUUGCCGCAUGUUUAUGAAUCUCAGGGACAUGCAGAACACGAAUCCGAUUGCCUGCAGUCAUUCAUCGGCGGCUAUCUUUUUUCGCCAAUCCAUGGAUCCGGAAUACCCUUUUGUGGGAACACAGUGUGGCAGCUAUCGUGAGUUUACAGCUGGCCAUUGUGAGGGCAAUGGACGGGCCCGAUUCGGCAUUCACUCCCAUCGUAGGGCUGAGGGUAGCUAUUACUUUGACACGGGUUCCCAGCAGCCGUAUGUGCAGCGUCGUCGUGAGGAUCUGUGGUCAAUUGGACGGCAAGCCAGCACGAGAGCAGGAUCUGGAGUUCGAUCUGGAACAGGUCUAAGAGUCAAGGGCAAAAGCAAAGUUAUUCGGCUACAAAUAUGGAGAACUGGCUGGAGAAGACGACAACGUGAAAGGAAUCGUUGUGCAUUUAAAUAG